GGGAUUCAACGUCUGCCGAACAGAAUGUAAAGAAUUGCUUGAAGGAUGUGGGCAAUUAAAGGCUCGUGCGCUGCGCUGUUAUUGUUGUUGUUGGCUUAUAUCUCCGUGCCCUCGGUUAAUGCCGACAGUUUAUCUGCUCCGCUCAAUGUGACCAUCAAAGCACUGGAGGGGAACUCAGCGAUAGUGACAUGGGAGAUCCUGGAAGGGGACCCAGUCAUUGGGUUUGCCAUCACCCAGCAGAAGAAGGACGUUCGCAUGUUUCGAUUCAUCCAGGAAGUGAACACCACCACUCGUUCGUGUGCAUUAUGGGAUUUGGAGGAAGACACAGAGUACAUUGUCCAUGUGCAGUCCAUUAGCAUGAGCGGCACCAGCCCUCCCAGUGAAACUGUUCUGUUCCGCACACCCAAAGAGUCAGAGAAACUGGCCUCAAAAAGCCCAAAUGAAGUGACCAUGGAAGAGGUUGGCCAGGCUGCCCAGCUCAGGGCUGGGGAGCUCAUAAUUAUUGUUGUGGUUCUCGUCAUGUGGGCAGGUGUAAUAGCUCUCUUUUGUCGCCAAUAUGACAUCAUCAAAGACAACGAGCCCAACAAUAACAAGGACAAAGCCAAGAACUCGUCAGAGUGCAGUACCCCAGAGCACCCUACGGGAGGACUACUUCGCAGCAAGGUCUAAUAAUGCCUUCCUCUGUCGGCAAUAAUAGGCUUUAGCCUCAGGACAGUGCUCUGAGACAAAACAAGUAAGCCAUCAAAUAACAAAGUCGUGAAGCCCACCUUUCAUCUUCAAUCAAAUGACCUUUUAGUGUCCCCAUCAACCAAUGUGAACUCUUUGGUGCUUGUGGGUUUGACACAUUGAAACAAACUGGAGGACAAAGUGGACAAGUGAACUCCAGAGCUGUCACACUGGAAGUUUUAGAAGUUUGACACAGCUCCUGCCUUGAAAGGGUACCUCAGCUGAGGAACUCAAACCUGCUGUGAGCUGGAAGACCAGAGACAACUUUCCACCUUUCAGUGACUUUGGCUUCUGUGCAGAUUCACACAGAUGAGGAGAAACCUGUCACCCCAUGUGGCAAGUCCUAAAUAAACCAGGAUAUUGUGUUGCGGAAAAAAGCGGGAAAGUUCUUUUCUGAGCUCACAACCAUUAUCAGCACUGAGAUAGCACCUGGACUAUAAUUAAAACUCUAACAAUGAUGACAAUAAGACUUUUCACUUUAUCUUUCUUUCCAUCUGUUUCAGAACUUGGCUCUUCAAAAUAUUAUGCACAGUGUUGGGUGUAAUGGGAUUACAAAGUAAUUAUUUACUGUAAUUUAAUUUCUUUUAAUGUCAAAAAGUAGUGUAAUGAAGUUUAAGAAUUUAAAUUCUUGUAAUCAGAUUACAGUUAC